AUGCUGUUCUCAAGGGUGGCUUGUUGUCUAAUUUUCAUUUCAAUAAUAGCGACAAUUCAGGCCAAUAAGAAACACAAUAGAAGGGAAAGAAAUAUAUACAGUCGGAAGAAUCAGAGUGUUGAUAAGAGGUCACUUUCAGGAACACAAUGUUUGCAGUGCAAGAAAGAAGACAAUCUGUCGUUUGAACAAUGUUUAGAUGACGGCGUAUAUGAACAGUGUACCACUGACAAGCCCGACUGUAUGACAGAGUUGUGGAACGAAGAAGGAGUCAUCGUAAUAUCGUCUCAAUGCGAAAAAUACGAGACAUGCAAUACCCUGUCCCAAUCCGAAACUACACACAACCAGUGCGAUAACCCUCCAAUCGUGGUAGUUCAGCAUUGUAGAUACUGUUGUACUGCCAAUAACCUAGAAGACGAGGAUUACUGUGCACCGCCUGGACUCCACCAGGUACAGCCUGUCGCUGCCACUGAACAAUACGAAUGUUCCAAAGACGAAAUAGCCUAUCCUAAUGGCGAUUAUUGCUACCUCAUUAAUCAAACCGCCGUGAAAUUUCACGAAGCCCGAGAGUGGUGUAUCAGCAACGGGUACCGACUUGUUAAUAUUCUAGACGACAACGAGUAUGCGUUUCUAAGAGGGAAGGUACAAGAGACUGGGUAUUUAGACUCUGCCUAUUGGACCGGCGCGUCCGUACGAGACGUAACGUUGCCCAAUACGCUAGAAAGCAAUUGGCGGUGGAUAGAUGGUCAAGACUGGGACUGGGAGCUGGUUGAUAUUUUCCAUCCCGCUGAACCGAGAGGCGAGACCGGAGAUGACUACAGUGGGUGUGGGGCGCUAGUUAAAACAGAUGACAACUAUAAUUAUUACGUCAGCGAUCAGAAAUGUUCAAAUAAGUACGCUUUUAUCGCCAAACGAUACGCAUUGAGUCCAUUGGCAGGGCGAUGGUUGACGUAUCACAGCUGGUGGAAACAACAAAGCUACGAUUGCAAAUGUUACACUUGGGGUGAUCCACAUUAUUCAUCAUUUGAUGGCGUAAAGCGCAGUUACCAAGGCAACUGCACAUACGUUCACGUCAUGGACAAGAUGCACAACCCAGCGCUAUUCAUGAUAAAUGUCAAGACUCAAUUUAUGUCGCAAAACGCGGACGUCAGCGUGGUUCACCACGUGGUGAUCAAAGUGAAUAAUCAUAAAAUAACUAUCAAUAGAGGAAAGGUAGUCUGGGUUGACGACUCUCCAGUUACCUUGCCCCACACGCCCUCUGGUGGCCAUCACAUCAUGAUUAGCGGUAAAUCCGUCCUCUUUAUGUCAAGUCAUGGCUUCUGGGUGAAAUUUGACGGUCAUUACCGCCUCGCUAUCGGCGUGUCCCACAAAUACGAAGGCCUCACGGCGGGGGUUUGCGGGAUCUGUGACGGUGAUCAGACUAAUGAUGACCUAAAACCAAACGGGCACCAUGCGGAAAAUGACAACGAUUUCAUAAAUAGCUGGAAUAUUGAUGGAAGAUGUGACGGUGCAACGACGGAUGAGCCAAGUUGUCCCAGUAACGACGAAGAGAUGUAUAGUGGACUGGAUGCGUGUGGAAUCAUCACCGACCCUAACGGUCCGUUUGCCGACUGCCACCAAGCGUCCGAUCCUGUAUUUCCAUUCCAGGCGUGCGUGUAUGACAUGUGUCACGGGAGUACUAAUAACGACAAGUAUUUGGCGCUGUGCGAUAGUCUAAGCAACUAUCACGAUGUGUGCAACGAAGCUGGUGUUGUCCUUCAAUCAUUCCGAUCAGAAGCUUUUUGUCCACUGGAAUGUCCAUCGCAUAGCCACUACUCGCCGUGUAUGUCACCCUGCCCGGCGACUUGCGCCUCUGCCGGUGACUGCACAUACGGGGCAGGUCAAUGCGUUGAAGGGUGUGAGUGUGAUGUUAAUUACGUUCAAGCCGGAAGUAAAUGCGUUCAUUACACGAACUGCGGAUGCGUUGACGAGUAUUCAAACUUCCAUGCGACUGGGGAGACAUGGAUAAGUUCAAACUGUGAACAUAAUUGUACAUGUAAUGGCAUGGAUGAUUUCACGUGUGUGCAUCGUGGACCAUGUCCUCUACACGCUGAAUGUACCGCUAUAAAAGGCCAUCGACAAUGUUCCUGCAUACCCGGGUAUGACUGGAGCGAGAACAACGAGUGCGUUGACGUCAAUGAAUGUCAUGCAACUGAUCUACAGUACGCCGGGCACUGCUACAGAAUAGUAAACACGCCGAAAUUCAAUUUCGAAGACGCCGAGGUACUCUGCCGGAAUGAGGGAUACGAGCUUGCAAGUAUUUUAACCGCAGCCGAAUAUGCCUACAUACGCCAGACUCUCCAACUGCCCGAAUACAAUCAGUAUGCCUACUGGGUUGGAGCUGAUGGACGGGAAAAUUCCGUAGUUGAUACCAUCCAAACAAGUUGGCAUUGGACAAAUGGUGAUUUAUGGACUUGGCCAUUACAAGAUAUAUUUACAGAAGGGACGCCAGACAACACCAGGGGUGAUGAGUUUUGUGGUGCUCUGAUGAAAAAUGACGAGUAUUACAUGGAUGAUAAAAAAUGCAGUAUCGAACACGGAUACAUUUGCAAAAAAGUUGGCGAUCCACUGUACACACGUUGGGAAUACGAACAUGCUAUAUGGAGAGAGAGACAGAAUGAUUGUAAAUGUUACGUAUUUGGUGACCCGCAUUACAAAACCUUUGAUGGCAAGAGUAUUCACUUCCAAGGCAAUUGUACGUACGUUCUGAUCAUUGACUGGGCGCACACCACCGAUCCGUUGUUCAUUGUGACUGCCACGAAUCAGUACCCUUACGAUGGUGCAAAAUAUUCACAAGUUCAACAUAUUGUUGUCAGAGCUCAUGGAUUUAGAGUUGUUAUAAAAAGAAGGAAAAUUGUGUUGGUCGAUGACGUCGAGGUGACGCUUCCAUAUAGUCCCCAUCCGGGUAUCAACAUUUUCUUGAGCGGAAAGUACGUCAUGGUCUUGACUGAUUUGGGAGUCUGGGUAAAAUAUGACGGUAACAUCCGGGUUACAGCAGGCAUUGACAGCGCGCUUGGUAACAGUACCAGAGGCAUGUGUGGAAUCUGUGACGGCGAGGCGGAUAACGAUUUCACGAAGCCCGAUGGAACGCUAGCUGCCGGCGCACUCAGUUUUGGCAACAGUUGGAUGGUGGAAGGAAGAUCAAUUUAUUGA